UGGACGCUUUUUCCUGAUUGGCUGAUGAACAUCCUGUUUUCAGGCCUCGCUAACAGAUGCUAUUUUAAACCAUACUUCCUCCGUGAGCAGUGGAUUAACAGGUAGACGUACAUCUUAGAAAAGGAGUAAGUCUGUAAUAAGACACUUGGCUUUUGGCGGUCUGAAGGACUGAAGGAAUCUGAUAAAUAUUAACAGUAGAUACGGAUUAAAAAGCCGUUAGCUGCUAAAAGUUUGUAGCUGCUGUUGAACAUAGCUCUGUUAUCAUCAUUAACAACAAUAAGGCUAACUGACUGUGGAGCUACCAGCUUCUCAUUCAGUGAUACAGACAGGUUAGUGGUCACACAGGUGUUUCUGUCGAGUCGUCAGGAUGCAGCGGGGAUGGACAUUUGGACGCCAUUUCUCAUGUUGACUUAGCCACAUUAUCUGGGAUGGAUCACAACAAUCCAGAGAUACUGAAAGAUCCUGGUGGAGAACCUGGUCUGACAGCAGAUCGAGAGAACUCUGAGUCAUUCUGUACUGAAAAGGAGCAGAGGAGAUGCAAUUCCUGCAUGGGGACAGAGGAACAGACCACUAAUGGUUCCUGGUCACAGAGGUCCAUCUCCCGUUCCUUGCAGCGAGCUGAGACUUUACUCAAAAGCACCUUUAAUCCCAGUCUGAAGUGGCUGUUCCAGGGCCGCAGUCAAGAUGAGGAGGAGGUAGAAGGAAAUUUUGUUGUCGCUCACAAUCUGGUGUCCCGGUCCUCUGCACGUCUCCUACGUCUGCAACAAGCUCUUCUAACUGUGGCGCCACAGUGGCAGCCUGUUGGCAGUGGACAGAUGGGAUCUCCACAGGUCUGUGUGAAAGGCCCCCCUUCAGAGGGUGGUGUUCUCCUCCUGCUCUCCUCCUCCUUCCUGCAGGGACACUAUACAGCUCUGUGGAGGCUCCUGGAGCAGCGGUCCCUGCUGCUCCUCAUACAUGAAUACACCAGAAGGGCUCGCCUAACAGCAGCAUACAUAUCCAGAGUGAGACACCUGCUGGAGAAUCAGCUGCAGAAAUCACACCUGACACUAAACCAGACCCCAUCCAGCUGGUCUACAGUCACAGUUGGUCUUGGUUCACUGAGUCAGGAGCUGCGGGUCCAUCUCAACCACUGGUCUUGUCUGUUCUCCAAAGUCCAGUCUGAUCACUCUCUGAGGCCUGCUUUGGUCCAGCACACCAGGCUGCUGGUGGAAAUAAAACAGACUCUGGACUUACUUGGUCUGCAGGCACUGAUUUUGAUGGAACAUUAUGUGUGUGUCAUUCUGUCUGCUGUAGCCCAGACUGAAUUAGACUCCAUACCAAGAGAAGUGCUGGAGGACAUUUUAGCUGGCACAGAGCUGUAUAACCAGGCAGUGGGAGAGCAGAGAGCACAGCACAACAUCACCCAGUUGAGGACUGCACUUUUACAGCAGGCACAUUAUUCCACACCAGAUUCUAGUCUUCCAAAGAGCAAAGGGCCUCACCCUGCUGCCUUCUCAAUCAAAGAGCUGAUGAGGAUUUUAGCAGUGCAUCAAGCAGAUAUGGCAGCCAAGCAGCUGCACUGCUGGGCCUCUGAGCAGAAUUAUCACAUCUGUCAGGUCCACAACAACCAAGAGGCCUACACACGUUCUGAUAACUCCGUCAGUCAGGUGGCCAGGCUCAGCUGUGGGACGUCUGCUCUGAGAUCUGAGUGGACCUGGGAGCAGCUGCAGCAUACCUACCCUAUUUCCUCUCCUCUCUUCUCUAUUAAUCAUCACCCCUCCCUACAGUCAUUAUCUCGUCACAUCCGCCAUAAAACUUCUCCUGUUUACACCCCUGACCUUCAUUUGGACAGUAAUAUCUCUGAGAGCCACCAUCCUGUAUUAGCAAAGUCCACCUUUAUCCAACAAAGACCAGAGAGCUCUAGCAAAGACCAAACCAUCCAGUGCCAAACAUACAUUUCCCACACUGGUCCAGCCCAGAACAGUGUGGAAGCUUUGGACUCAGUCCAAGCAAAUAUAAAAAAACAGCCCACUUUAGAAAACUGUAAACUGUUACACACCAUUUCACCCCCUUCAUCCUCCUCCCACCAUCUCUCAGCCCUGCUUCUGUCAGGGGUCUGCCAACAGGACCAUUCCUCAUUAGAGCUCCUUUUUCAGGUGCUGGUUUCCUCCACUGAUCUGCUGGCUCCACUAGUUUCACAUACACCCACAUCCGAGGCGCCAACUGAACAACUGCUACCCAGUACAAAAACAGAUGUGAUAUCUCCUAAUGGAAAGACUGACCUGAUGAAAUUAACUGCUCUCGUUGUCAGUGCAGCUGAUUCAGUGGAAUGGAACAGUGUGAGUACAGAACUGAACAAGGACCAGAAUGUGAAAGGAUUUCAGCAGGAAUGGACUGAAAUGGAAAUAACUACUGGACAAGAAGCUACUUUCAGCUCAGGUUUUCAAAGGGAUGGAAACCCAGAGAAGGAGGAGGCAGGGGGCACAGAGGGGACAGCAAUGGAGCCAGAUUGUCUUCGUUGGUCUCACUCGGUACAGUGGUUAGACCUUGGUCAGUCGUCUGUGUUUUCUGAACUGUUUGGACAGUUCCGCACCCUGCUGUGGACCCUCUGUAGCAAAGCCCUGUGGCUGCAGCUGCAUGUACCAAGAGCAGGAAGCACUGCAGGAAGCAUCAACCUCCAAGACAUACACAGGAGCUUCCAAAUCAUUCACAAGAUCAGUCAGGCUUCAAAGACAGAUCUGGUUCCCAAAGAGUGCAGAGCCAUGCUGGAGGACUUAAGUCUGUAUCUGUUAGUUGUUACAGCACAUGCUCAGUGGGACUAUGUGAUGUGCAAAGGUUUAGGUUCAUCUCUGAAAGAUAAGUGUCUCAUGGGUGGGAAUCAGACCAGCAACUCUGUGACACCGUCGUCUGAGCAAGAUGGAAGUGUGAUGAUGUCAGCGACCAUGGAGCAUUUCCUGCUGCUGUCCCCUCCUCUCCUGUCAUCUCUGUGUUGCCAUCAUUCAAACAGCAGGGCCUCAGGUUCUUUUAGCGUCUUCCAGUCCAGGCUCACUCUCCAGAGACAGACUGUUAGCUUGGUGUUAGCCACAGUGCAGAUAUCUACAAUCUGGGUCAUAUCCAAGGCUUACCAGUUUCUCUCUUCAUGGAGUCUCAACAAGUUCCUGCUUAUUACACAGGGAGAUCUCAAAGUGCUCAGAGAGUCAUUAGAGACUAUGGUGCUUCAGACUAAGUCCCUGAUGAUCAAUGCAGACAGUAACCAACAUUCCACUCUUCAUAACCACAACCAGCAUCUGCUGAGGAGGCAACUCAGAGCACUUGACAGGGCUGUGUCCGAGCUGCAGACCUUCUCUUCUCUGGUGCUGAAGACCUUCUCCAGUGACUGCAAGAGGAUGUCAGGGGAGAUUUUUGAACAGACCAUGCCUUCUGCUGUACACUGGAGACCCAGCCUCAGGACAGGUUUUCCUGGCAGUCCCAGUGAGUAUGCGUGUCUGGCUGCUCAGACUGUGAUUGGUCAGGUUUUAGAGGGGGUUGCACCGUUGUCUGAUGAUGCCCGUGUCCAAGCUCUGAGUAUAACAAUGACAGCUUUUAUGGAGGCAUGGAUGGAACACAUCUUGAAACAUAAGAUCAAAUUCAGUGUGCAGGGAGCUCUCCAGCUGAAGCAGGACUUUGAUUCUAUCAGAGAGUUGAUCCAGUCAGACAAAUAUGGUCUGUCAGCUGAACUCCACCAGCGACUGCUCAGCCUCCGGGUUUUUCAGCAGGUGGACUCAGCAGUGGUUUGUCUGCUCCAGCAGCCGCAGGCCAAACCAUAUCUACAGUCCAGAGCCUGGGAGCCUUUCACACGCUGCUGUCCAGCCAACAGCAGCAGAAACAGCAUUGAUGUGGUGGCGAGCAGUAUAACCAACCUGAGGUGUAUGGAGGGUGAGGACCUGCAUCAGUCCGAUCCCUCAGAUGUGACCACUGACCUCCCUCCAGUGGACCCAUCGACCCCUGAAGAGCCGUACCUUGCUCCAAGUGUAGCUCUGGGUGUUGCUCAGCGGGAAUGGCUGGACCUGAGGAUCCACAGCAGCACUCGACGCUGGAGGUUGCCAGGACUGCAGUGUCUCUCUAAGUCUGAACCUUGAACACACAGACCCUGCAGAGAUCUGACACACACACACACACACACACAUCACUUGAAUCUCUCUGGCUCUCUGUCUCUUCAGUUUACUGACAACAAACACAGUGUAAAUUAAAUAUCCAGUCUUGUUGUUUAUACGGUGUAUAUUUUGCAGAUAAGACGAUGAUACCUCUGGAGGUUACUUUUGGGUGUAAUAUAUGUUAUAAAUUGAUAUAAAAAUGAAUUUAGCAAUGUCAAAAAUAUUUCUAUUUCAUAACAAAAGUAUUUGUAUAACCACAUAUUUUUAUAUACUCCUGAUUAAAAUACAUAAUUUCAUCAUCAUUACUUCCUGAUAAAAUGUUUUUUUUGGUUUUCUGCGCACAUAAUUUUUAUGUGCAUAUGGUGCCUUCCAUACUUUGCUGUAUGGUGAUGGAUUUAACAAAUGGUAACAAAUAGCUUUGCAGCUUCUUGAGAAAUGUUGACGAACAGCUCUCUUUAGCUCAGCUAGAUUUAGAAGUAUUCAAGAUCUGGGCUUUAUGACUUCACUGCUCUUUUUUCUGCACAUUCAAUAGUACAAUCUACCAAAAGUUCAAUACAGCAACAUUUUGACCCCAAGGUGUGCCUUAGGCAAAAGGAAAAGAAAAGACAAAACAAAAACUAGACCUGCAGUUAGGAGAUCACAUGAUCAAACUCCUAUAUUCCAAAGAUGAUUUUUGGUGCACUCUGCUCUUGGCUGUGUUCAUGUUUUGCCAUUUUGAAGUAUCCUGAAAAAGGAAUAAUAAGGGGUGAUUUG